UUGCUUAUGCUGAAAAUGACGCUGCCUCUCCGCCGUGUAGGAAUGGCAACCACUGGGAACCUUUCUGAAGAGCAGGUGCACUGCUCCAUCUGUCUCGACGUCUUCACCAACCCCGUCUCCAUCCCCUGCGGACACAACUUCUGCCAGGGCUGCAUCCUGGGAUACUGGAAAACCAGCCCUUUGUUCCAGUGUCCUAUGUGUAAGAAGUCCUUCCACAAGAGGCCUGAUAUUAGCGUCAACACUGUGCUGAGGGAGAUCGCAGAGCAGUUCAAGGAGAUCAGGGUUCGAGGUGUGGAAGGGAAGGUGAGCAAAGAGGAGGAAGAGGUGAAAGAAAAGAAGUGGACGAUGGAGAGAAAGAAAAAGGAGGAUGAGGAGAGGCUUUUGGAGAAAGACCAGAAGCAGCAGCUUCUGGAGGAGCUGAAGGAGAAGCAAGCGGAGGAGAGGAGGAAGAAAGAGCAGUCAAAGCAAAAGCCAGAAGAGAAGAAGCCACUACAUGAGGAGUUACCUCCGUUAAUCCCUCCUGUGUUCUUACCCAAAACCUCUCCGCCCUCACCCCAAGCCACCGCUCAGGAUCCACCACCUCCACUGCCCCGGACAUCACCUCCACCCUCACCUCAAAUCCCUGCUUCUCCAGCUCCUCAAACCCUACCUUCCUCCUCACUCUCACAUUCCUCCUGGGAGGAGGAUGUCCUGUGCGAUGUCUGCCUCGGGGAGGGAAGGCCGAAAGCGGUCAAAGCCUGCCUCGUGUGUCUGACUUCCUACUGUGAGGAGCAUCUGAAGUCUCACUCUGCCAGGUUCACCAAGCACAAGCUAAUGGAUCCUGUUGCUAACAUGGAGGACAGGAUGUGUCCAAAGCAUGAGCGGCUCCUGGAGCUGUUCUGUAAGAAGGAUCAGACUUGCGUGUGCGUGCUCUGUACCGAGACGGACCACAGGGCGCACUACACUGUCCCGGUGGAGAGAGAAUGGAUGGAGAAAAAGGCCCAGCUGAAGAGGACAGAAAUAGACGUCCAGCAGAUGAUCCAGGACAGAGUGAAAAAGAUGGAGGACAUCAAACACUCUCUACAGCUCAGCAAAGCCAGUGCUCAGAGAGAGAUCGAGGAAAGCAUGCAGGUCUUCUCAGAGCUGGUGCGCUCCAUCCAGAAGACUCAGGCCGAGCUGGUUUUGGCCAUCGAGGAGAAGCAGAUGCAGACGGAGAGGUGGGCCGGAGGCCUCAUCACUGAACUGGAGCAGGAAAUCUCUGAGCUGAAGAGGAGGAACACAGACCUGGAAAAUGUGGCUCGGACCGACCACAUUAAUUUCUUAAAGAGCUUCCCCGCCCUUAGCACUCCACCAUCUGUUAAAGACUGGUCUGAGACCAGUGUUCCCACUGACAUGUGUGUGGGUAUGAUCAGGAGAUCUGUGGCCAAACUGGAGGCAACAUUGAAUGAAAUGAUCAACAAACUGUCUGAGAGCGAGAUCCAAAGGAUUCAGAAAUAUACAGUGGAUGUCACUCUGGACCCUGACACAGCCAACCCGUGGCUGCAGCUUUCUCAGGACAGACAUCAGGUGAGACACCUGGGAGCGUGGCAGGACCUCCCAGACCACCCUGAGCGCUUUGACACGGUGGUCAUCGUCCUGGGCCGUGACGGUUUCACCUCUGGGAGACAUUACUGGGAAGUCCAGGUGGGAGACAAGGAUGACUGGUAUCUGGGAGUAGCCAGGUCUUCUGUGAACAGAAAGGGCAGGAUCUCUGUGAGCACCACUCAAGGCUACUGGGCUCUGGCCAUGAAGAAAGGCCAGGGGUACCGGGCGUCAACAUCUCCACCGUUACUGCUCCCCCUCGACCCCAAGCCCAAGCGAGUGGGCGUAUAUGUGGACUACGAAGAGGGGCAGGUGUCAUUUUAUGACAUGAGAGCUCGGACUCAUAUUUACACAUUCAAAGAUACGUUCACGGGGAAGAUUCUGCCAUUUUUCUACCUGUACUGCUGCGACAAAGCCUCUGAUACCAUCAUGAUCUGUCCUGUGAAUGAGAAAACCCUGAUCAAGUAAAACCAAGGACAUAUCUGACAGUAAAAACAACACAAAGAAGCUCUUGUGAAA